AUGGUCGUCGAUCUUCCAUCUGUUGCUGAUCUCAAGCAAGCCGUGGAGGCUGGACAAAGAAUCACUCCAGGAGACGUAUCGACCAUCUCUCAUGCUGAAAGUCAAUUAACUGGACGCGGCCCGCUGCGGGGCGGACCAGCCGCGGUCGCGCAAAGUCUCGCCAUGCGACAGAUGAACUUCGAUACUAAGUUCGAGGAAGUAUCCCGAAAACCGCAAAGUCAUAUUACGCACGAAGAUGCACGAGAGAUGCAAGCGGCCGAAGGUCGAGCUUUUGGUCGUCCUCCCGGGAGAGGCUCUGUAUCCGAACAAGUGCGCUCCAUUGCAGAUCGGAACGAGAUACUCGGUAUCCCUCCUGUGCCGACUGAAAUGCCGGUGUAUGUGACGAAGGAUGACGCUCGGGAGGCGCAACGAGCUGAAUCAAUGGUGUAUGGAGGUCAAAUCCCGCGACAGGGUAUGGCGGCCCAGAUGCAGAGCGCUGCGGAUAAGAUCGAGAAUGUCCGCCGAGACAUCUGGUAG